AUGGCUCAUUCAGUCACAAUUUCCCUCAGGUACCAAGUAGCAAAGCAUGGGUCCAUCAUCAUGUAUCACCUCAGUUCCCGUCCUCCAUUUCCCCCCCUUUCCUUUCUUCCCCUUUUCCGCUGCCCCUUCCCUCCUCCCCCUCGCCCUCCCCCUUUUCCUCCCCCCUCCCUGCCAGGCCACUAUGAGAUGAUAUUCCUGGUGCACGAGGGGCGCACGGACGAGACUCCUGCCGUCAUAGAGAAGAUCACAGAGAUGGUGAAGGAUGCUCGAGGAACAGUGUGGAGGGUGAACGACUGGGGCAUGAGGCGCCUGGCAUACCGCAUUCAGAAGACAUGGCAGGCGCAGUACAUUCUCAUGAACAUCGAGGUUCCCUCGGAUAAGAUUGCAGCGAUUGAGAAGGUUCUGCUGCAGGACGAGAGGGUGAUUCGGCACCUUGUGACGAAGCAGGAUAAGGCGGAGAGGAAGGAUUACCCAGCUCCGGUGAUGUACAAUGCGGUUGGGAGCGGUGGGGAUGAGUCGGAUGAUGAUGAGGAUGAGGAGGAGGAUGAGGAUGACGAAGAGGAUUGGGAGGAUGAGGAUGAGGAUGAGGAGGACGAGGAGGAAGAGGGGGAGGAGAGUGAGGGAAAGAGGUUACCAGCAGAAGUGACAAGUCCGCUGAAGUCCCCAGCAGGAAAUGCCCCUUGCCGAAAGAAGGGGGAAAUGGGAAGCAAUGACGAGUCAGAGCGAAAGAAGCGGCCAUCAGCAGCGGGAAGCAUCAUGUCGCCUCCUGCUAAAAGACCAUCGCUAUCGUGUCUCGGUGACGAGAAGAAGGUGUGCCUUCUCCAGAUCGACCCGUCAGUGCUUCAGUUUCAGAACCAGAAGCUGAGUCAGCAGUUGGAAGUCCAGAAGGAGCGAAUCCAUGAACUGGAGUCGCGGUUCGAGGAUCUCAAGGCACGGCAGUCAGACUACGAUGAUACACUGAUGACAGUCAACAGCGCGUGGAACCAGGCAGAAGCUGCAGAGCUAUUAAGAUCGACGCAUGAGGAGUUCAGAUCCGAAGUGUCGCACAUGCGAGCUAAGAUGGACGAGAUGCAUCUGCAACACAGAAGCCUGUCAUUGGAGCUCUCGGAAAUCCGGGACUUGAACGCCAAGAGCCAAGCAGAAGUCCGGAGAGUUUCAGAUCAUCUCGAGGAUACCCUCAUGCAGCUGGAAUCAACAAGGCGGAAACUCGUCGCGGCGAAGCAGUCCGCUGCGUCGUCUGGGCCCGGCGCGUUUCCCGCGUCUCCGUCGCUUGUGAAGUCGGAUUCGAGAGACGGGGGGCAGGAGAGCAGGAUCGCGUCUGGGGAGGCCCGUGAGCUUGAAGCUGCACUUGAGGAAGCGAAGUCAGCGUCAGAAGACGAGCAGCGCAUCAAGUCAUCACGGCCCUACUCGAUUCUGGCGGAGCAGCUCAUCGCAGCCAGAGCGGAAGCUGAGAGGAACCGGUUGAUUCUCGAGCAGCUGCAAGUGAGUUUCCCAUCCCCCUCUCCUUCCGCCAUUUUCAGUUUCCACCAACCCUCUGCCUCCCGUUCCACCUAA